UGCAUUGUCUAAUGCAGACGUGGGUCUGAUGCAGUUUCAGUAGCCAUGUCCGAGAAGGGUCUGAGAAAUGCCGCUGAUGUUCUGAAAACAGGUUCUGUUUUAAGGAAGGAUAAAUCGGACAGUUCUUAGAAGUGUCGUGCCUUUCGUGUUUUAUAAGUAUCGUUUGAUACAACAUAUUUCUAACAAGAAUUUCCUUUACAAGUCAAGCCUAAUAUGCUCAACGUGAAUCCAGUCUAUUUCCCAUUCUGUCCGAUUUUUAACCCCUGGGUUUAGCUAAUUUCCUGCCGUUGCCUUCAACGACAACAAUGGCGUACGCAGAUGUCGAAUACCGAUGCUUCGUCGGCGGGCUCAACUGGGCCACCGAUGAACAAGUCCUGGAGCGUGCCUUUUCUCCCUACGGCGAGAUCCUCGGAUCGAAGAUUAUCAACGACCGCGAGACUGGUAGGUCAAGGGGCUUCGGAUUCGUGACCUUCAGCAAUGAGCAGUCGAUGAGGGAUGCGAUAGAGGGGAUGAAUGGCCAGGAUCUCGACGGCCAUAACAUCACCGUGAACGAGGCUCAGUCCCGCGGGGGAGGUGGUGGCAGUUACAGCCGUGGGGGAGGUAGUGGAGGAUACGGCGGUGGUGGACGCCGUGAAAGUGGAGGUGGGUACAGCCGUGGAGGACGCUACGGCGGUAGUUGGCGUGACCGUGGGUACGGGAGCGACGGCGUCGGUGGCGGUUACAGCCGCGGGGGAGGUGGUGGAGGAUACGGCGGUGAUGGACGCCGUGAAAGUGGAGGUGGGUACAGCAGUGGAGGAGGGUACGGUGGUAGUUGGCGUGACCGUGGGUACGGCGGCGGCGGGUCCAGAGACCCAAGGAGUCCAGACCGGAGUUCUGUUAGAUCUCUUGCAAUCUCACCACCUGCACGAGGGCAGGGAACAACUUUUCCUCGAGUGAAAGCCGUCAAAAUUGACAAUGCUGUCACUCUAGUUGGUGUCGUCUCGCAGAUCUAUGACAAAGCUUUGAUGGAGCCUACUUUCUGUGAGAUGUAUGCUGAUCUCUGUAGUCAUCUGGCUGUGGAGUUGCCUGAUUUCAAUGAAGACAACAAAAAGAUAACUUUUAAGAGAGUACUUCUGAACAGGUGCCAGGAGGAAUUCGAGAGAUGGGAAAGAGAGCAAGAAGAAGCUAAUAAAGCUGAUGAAGAGGGGGAGAUUAAACAGUCUGCAGAGGAAAGAGAAGAGAAGAGAGUUAAGGCUCGAAGACGAAUGCUGGGUAACAUUAGAUUGAUAGGGGAGUUAUACAAGAAGAAAAUGUUAACUAAGCGAAUAAUGCACGCGUGCAUACAGAAGUUGUUGGAUCAGUCUGAGACUCCUGAUGAAGAAAGUGUUGAAGCUUUGUGCAUAUUGAUGAUUACUAUUGGGGAGAUGAUUGACCGUCCCAAGGCCAAGGAGCAAUUGGAUGCAUAUUUUGAGAGAAUGAAGAGGCUCUCUACCAAUGUGAAUUUAUCUUCUAGGGUUAGGUUCAUGUUGAAGGAUGCUAUGGAUUUGAGAAAGAAUAAAUGGCAACAGAGAAGAAAAGUUGAAGGGCCGAAAAAGAUUGAUGAAGUGCACAGAGAUGCUGCUCAAGAACGACAGGCAGAAUCCAGUAGGUUGAGUCGUGGUUUAAGCAUCAACCAGUCAACUAGAAGGACACCUAUGGAUUUUGCUCCUAGAGGGUCAACACUAUUGUCUUCCCCAAAUGCUCAGCUGGGUGGUUUCCGUGGACUGUCUACUCCAGUUCGUGGGCUUGGCACUCAUGAUGUUCGGUUGGAGGACAGACAAUCUCAUGACACUAGGAUGUUGUCAGUUCCCUUGCCUCAGAGAACUAGGGGACCUCAAGGUGGUCUUGGGAGCGGAGUGUCAAUCAGAGGACCACCGUCAAUGCCAAGAGCUGAUGUGUCUCCAGGCUCCACAGAUUUCAGAAGAAUGGCAGCUGGUUUGAAUGACUACAGCACUUUACCAGAGCGAACAACUUAUGGCACAAGGGAGGAUCUUGUUCCAAGAUAUAUUCCAGAUAGAUUUGCAGCUCCAGCUGCUUAUGAACCUUCAAGUUCUCAAGAGCGCAAUGGGAGUUAUGGUAACAGAGACCCAAGGAAUCCAGACCGGAGUUCUGAUAGAUCUCUUGCAAUCUCACCACCUGCACGAGGGCAGGGAACAGCUUUUCCUCAAAAUGUUCCUUCAGAAGAAGUAUGGCCUGAAGAACGCCUUCGGGAUAAGUCAAUGGCAGCAAUUAAAGAAUAUUACAGUGCCAGAGACAAGAAAGAAGUUGAACUAUGUGUUAAAGAAUUGGAUUCCCCAAGCUUCCAUCCGUCAAUGGUAUCGUUAUGGGUCGUAGACUCUUUGGAGAGGAAGGACAUGGAAAGGGAUCUUUUGGCAAAGCUUCUGAUCUAUCUUUCGAAGUCCGGGGAUGGUGUGUUGAGUCAAGCCCAGCUCAUCAAAGGGUUUGAAUCUGUUCUGACUACUCUGGAGGAUGCCAUAAAUGAUGCCCCAAGAGCACCAGAAUUUCUUGGUCAUAUCUUUGCCAAAGUCAUUACAGAAAAUGUGAUCCCUUUGAGAGAGAUUGGGUUGUUGAUACAUAAAGGGGGAGAGGAGCCGGGUCAUCUUCUAGAAGUUGGGCUUGCCGCAGAUGUUCUUGGAAGCACCUUGGAAAUUAUAAAAUUCGAGAAGGGGGAUUCUGUCUUUAAUGAAAUCUGGGCAAGCUCCACUUUGAGGUUUGAGGAUUUUCGGCCUCCAGAUCCUUACAGGUCAAGGAAGUUAGAGAAAUUUAUUUUAGGGGAUGUUUGAUGCUCAUUGUAUCUUGGUAGAAGAAAAGGAAAGAAAUUACUCUCAGAGUGUAUUAGUCUAGUUCUUAAUUUGUGACCAAAAAAAAAAAAUCUUCUGUGGGCUGGCCGGCUGACGGGGAUUUAUAUAUCGGGCUUUUCCUUUUC